AUGCUGCCGGCCGUCUACGGAGCGCUCGCCGGGCUCGCGACGAGCGUGCGGCGGCCCUGGGCCUGCACGGUCUGCGGCCUGCUCUUCCUCGUCACGGCGGGGCCGACGGCGCUGUCGAGCACCUACACGAUCUGGAACUGGACGGCGCUCCUGGGCCAGAUCGCGGACGGCGUGCUCCGGCCGGCGGCGCCGCCGCGGCUGCUGCCGUUCCUCGUCGUCAACUCCUGGGCCAUCUUCACGUCCUUCAACAUCAUGGCCGUCGCGCACCCGCCCCACUUCGCGGAGCUCGCCAAGCGCAUCGACGCGUCCAUGCCCUAUUUUCACUUCCUCAACACCGUGGGCCACUUCGUGCCGGGCGUCGUGGGUCUCUGGUGGUUCGCGAAGCUGGAACACCGCACGGCGGCCUGCGCCUGGACGUCUGUCGUCCCCCUCCACGUCGCGUCCCUCGCCUUCCACCUCAUGUGGGCGCUGCGCGUCGCCGGCGGCCUCAAGCUCGACAACGUCUACCUCAAGCGACCCGUCUUCCAGUGGUACUGCGCCUGGGCGACGGGCGCCAUGACCCACGUCCUCGUCGGGUCCUUCGUCCACCGCGCCUGCCUCAACCCGGACGUCCCGCUGACCUUCGCCAACGCGGCUAAUAGUGCCGUCCCAGAAUACACAACAGCCCGGAAUACUCUCGCGCUCUGCCUGCUCGGGCUUGCCCAGGCGCGCAAGCCCGACGUCGUCGUCGAGCUCGGCGCCAACGCGCACGUGCCGCUCGCGACGCAGUUCGCCGCCCAGUCCUGCAUCGGUCUCAUGAACCGCGAUGCGACGACGACCGUCUUCGCGCUCAUGGUCGGCGAUGACAACGAUUGGGCCGAGAUCCUCGGCGUCGCGGCGGCGGACAGCGUCUGGACGGCCGCCGAGUUUCUCGAGUCGUGCGUCGACUCGCCGCUCGUGAAAGGCGUCGCGCGCUGGAACGUCACGGCGCAAAAAGCCGCCGUGCCGCAGAUCGUGACCGUCGCGGGCGUGCGCGACCUCCUACUCCUCGAGGACGGCCUCGUGGACCACGACCUGCCCGUCGUCUUCGACGCGACGAAGGAGCUCGCCGGCGCGUCGGAGCGCGACGCGACGCGCUACGUCUUCGACCGCUACGCGAACGAGACGACCACGAUGGCGAAGAUGGACCCCGGCUACGAGGGCAAGCCGCCCCACGCGGCCCUGACGGGCACGGCGAACCCGGCGCUCGUCGACUUCAUCGUUCAAGAAAAGCUCUUCUGCUUCUUUUUGUACGACGGCUGCGUCCCGCUCACAAAAGACCACGCGCUCAUGGAAGAGAUCGUCGCGAACAGCCCCUGGCCCGAGCCCAUCGUCGUCUACGGCUACGACGACUCCUGGCCCCUCGCCGGCGACCUCUUCGAGGCGGAGACGACGUGCGCGGGCCACGCCAUGGGCCAGGUCGCGAGCAACGGCUUUUCGAAUCUCGGAUUUUUCUCCGUCGACGCGCCCACGGAGACGCCCAAGGUGCAGCCCUUCGACCACGCGGCGACGCCCGCGGCCUACGACGGCGGGACGACCUACGUGAGCUUCGUCGUCGGCGACGGCGACAACCUGGAGAUGGUCAAAGGCUCGCGCCGCCAUUGGAUGGAGCAGCGCGUCGCCAACUGGACGUCGGCGUCGCCGCUGCGGUUCCCGAUCACCUGGACGCUGAGCCCGCGCGCGCUGCAGUUCCCGGCGCUCGGGGACUGGUUCUUCGAGCAGGCCGCCAAGACGCGCGCCGACGCCUUCGUCCUGCCGCCCUCGGGCGAUUUGUACGCCUAUCCGAGCGAGAUGGACGAGGAGCUCCAGCGGGCGUUCGUGAACGACACGGCGCGCGACGCCUACCUCCUGAACUCGAGCGCGACGGUGGCCUGGGAGUUCCUCGGCAGCUGGACCAAGGCCAUCGCCGACUUCUUCCCCAAGUACGCGGCCACGCGCGUCGCGGGCCUCUUCGCCGUGAACGUGCCCUACCUCUUCCCGAUCGUCGACUUCGGCUUCGCCGAGCAAUACAAGGUCCUCUCGGACGACGCGGGCAACCGCGCGGUCCUCUUCCGGCCGAACGAGUGGCGCGGGACCACCUGCCCCCACGGGUGCGCCACGCACGAGGCCCUCGCGGACAAGAUCAACGGCCUCCCGACGGGGUCCGUGGCCGCGUACUACGCGACGUCCGACGGCGGCUUCGACCUCGGCGACCUCUACGCGACCGUGCCCCUCCUCGGGGAUCACGUGACCAUCGUCGACGCGAACGCCCUCGCGGGCCUCGCCCUCCAGCGGUCCGCGGCCGAGGCGGCGCGGGGGUAA